GCGAACCUGUCGUCGUUAAUGUUUCCUAUAGUGUCUUAGGGUUCAGAGAUAUUCAGGAGGUUGAUAUGGUGAGCAAAAUAAUACAACCAAUAUAUUUUUACAAGCUUUUGGAAAGGAAUCGUGGACAUUUUGUCAAUGAUUAUAAAAAGCCACGAAAAAUAAAUUUUGACAAAUGUUAUCAUUGUAUUAAUGAUAACAGCAAUUGUUAUUUAUAUUUGCACUUAAUAUAAUAUAAUUUAUUUAAGAGAAGAAUGUUUCCCAGGCUCCCAGCUAAAAGGGACCUCGAAAUAAAAAUAAAGUGAGAUUAUCCAUAGAUAUUACUAUAUGUACCAUAUCGCUCCAAGACUGCAGGUAUUUUCCAUUCCUGAGACCCUAUAGAUGCCAAAAUUUUGGAAAUGGGGGAGAAUGUCCGCUGAAGGGAUUGAAAAUGUUAUUUGACUACAAGACGUGAUCCAACUAAUUGCGCUGAAAGCCAAGAUUAAAUGCCUUUUAUUAUAUGGUAUAUGACUGUAAUUACACCUACAUCCUUAUUAAUUAAUGCAUGCAGGAGCAUUUAAAAAUAUAGACGCAAAGAAAUGUCCAGCCAAAAAAUGCACGAUGGCAGAAAAAAAUCCUGUACACUGAACCUGCAUGGAGCUUAUUGUCCGCCCCUAAAAUAUGUUCUUUCCAUAUUUUUCAAGACGUACAUGACCGAUAUGUACUUCCGCCAAGAAUGGCAAGAUAGUCGUCUUCAACAUUCUCUCAACUGCACAUUGACGUUUAUUACUGGGACGAAAAAACCAGUAGAUUUCAUUUGGGUACCAGAUGCAACUUUUGAAAACUCUGUGACGUCAUAUGUACAUGAUGUAUUGAUUGGUAAUCAUAAAGUUGAUAUUUACCCCGAUGGUCGAGUCUUCUGGGGUGUAAGGUAUGAUAGAUGAUAAUUGCAAAAUAAUCACAUGUAUGAUUGGAUUUUGUAGUUGUAAGUGCCAUAUCCCGUGGUCGAAUUCAACACAGCUGAAAAUUCCGUCGUUUACAUUUAAUGGUCUGUUUAUAUAUGAUCCCGGCUAGGCGGGAUGGGACAUGCAGUUCACCGAGAUCCCAAUCGUAAAUCAUGUAAACUUUAUUUGAGGGGAGACCAAAAAUUCCUAUUUAAACACUCUAUUCCGGCUAGGUAGGAUGAAAUUGCAAAAAACUAGGACGUCAAGUGGAUGUCAUCAUCGCAUGCAGAAAUGCUUUGUCCAUAGUCAUCGCAGAAAUGUUUUUCUCCAUAUAAAGUGAUUAUGAACACACCAUCUCGCCCGGGCGAGUUUUUCGGCUAGACAGGAUCAAAUUGUCCCGACCCGCCUAUAGCUAGGUUGCAUGGUAUAGUACAAACAGGAUGAGGUCGCAGAAUUGCGAGGUCGCGGAUACAUUAAUUGUUUAUACUCACUAUCGUGCAUGCAAUAUCUAUGUUUGUCAAGACCAUUCGACGGCUUGUAAUCUAUUCAGUCAGGAUGUGUUCAGGAUUUGUUAUUACAAAAUCAUGCAAGGGUGUAACAGAAGUACAGUACACAUGUAUCAACAAAAACAUCGACUCACACAUAUUUCUUACAGAGCUACAGCCAGAGCGCUUUGUCCUAUGGAACUCUCAUCCUAUCCAUUUGAUGUGCAAGUUUGUCCUUUAACCCUCGUGAGUUGUAAGUAAUGCACAAUGAAUUCAGGGAUAUGUAGUGGAAGGGGUGUGUCAGGGGUCCGUGUUCAUAUUUCCAUUCAGUGUAUGUGGGAGAGGGGAGGGGAGGUGCUCUGCCACCCCCUUAAAAUUAUAUCAAGACUGAAAUAAUCUUUGAUAAGACAAUAGGUUUUUUGCCAAUUUAAUACGAUCUCGCAUUAUUGCACCCUUAAAAAAACAUCAGUUAUUCCAUUUUAUUUCUUCUAAAUUUUUUAAAGUCAUACCAGCCUAAGAUGGUAUUGUGAUUGAACCCCGUAGUGAUUUGCUUGUCUUACUAUGAUGAAACUAUACAUUUAUAACCACUUAAAAUAUAUACAAGAAAUCGUGUUUCAGAAAUUCAAGAAUAAAGACUUUCCGGCACCCCGACCGGCGUGCAUUCUCCCUUAAAGAGCAGCUCUUGUUAACAUUUUAGGCUACACCACCACUGUGUGAAUUAUACGGAAUAAACAUGUUACAUGUGUUUUCUUGUAUACGGAGUAUAAUUACAUCGACUAUUAUAUAAUGUAAUUUUCUUUACUGUACUUUAUAUUAAAGUGAUACCGCUGCAUGUUCUCUAUAUAUACCAUCUGCGGUUAGAUCAUAGACAUUCAAAUUCCUUAGAUUUAGAAGAAAGAUAUAAAAACCGAGAGUUUAGUAGUUCAAUUCUUGUUUCUGGUAUUGUGUGCACACAGGUGAAGAUAUAUGUAUGUGAUGUUGCUUUGAGUGUACCCGCAUGUACCGGGCAAGAUGAAAAGUUUGCUUGACCACAGUAGGAAUCGAACCCACGACCUUUGGUACCACACUGGGCAAAUUAAAACCAAAGGUCGCGGGUUCGAUUUUAUGAAGAUCAUAAAAACAUACUGAUAGGAACUAGACUUGAGUUCCGAAAUAUCACAUUCGAACCGACUUGACCUCGUAGCUCAGUUGGGACAGCAUUGGACUAGCAAAAAAAGGUUGCGGGUUCAAUUCCCACCGCGGUCAAGCAAACUUUUCAGCUUGCCCGGUGUCGACACACUCAGAGACAACAUCACAAACAUAAGUUUUAGUACCGCUUUUGAGAUAUCCCGUAUUCCAAAAUAAAAUAUUUUCACACUCUUAGUUUUGCAAAUUGCAAUGUUUUCAUUUCAUUCAAAUGUAGACAACUAUCCAGCCAAUCAUGUGAAAUACGCGUGGAAAGGAAGUUCGGCCGUUACGGUUUCUGAUAAAAAAUUAUCGCAGUUUUUGGUAACUCGUGUUGAAACCAGUGAGACAGAGGCAGUGUACCCUAUAGGUAAUAAUUACAUUUAAUCAUGGCCGUGAUUUAAUUAACAAAUAAUUAAAUCGAAGUUGUUGAUUAAUGAGCGUGUAGCUCAAAGCUGGAUCCAAAUUAAAUUGGACCAUUACAACUUAGUUAAAGGGAAAUAGCAAUAAAAAUUAAAUUUCUCCCAUUUGGUAGAGGGAUUCAAUAUAUUUCGAAACAUUGUUGCAGAUUUUCUGUAUCGUUCUUGGUAUAAAAAAUAUUAUACUUUAUUUCAAACAAAAACAUCAUGCAUUCCGCCAUCUUGGAUAUGGAUAUGCUUGACGUCACAACCAGGGUAACAUUAUUUAUAUUGAGCAAUUCUCAGCCCAUUUCAAUGCUAAAUCCUAUUUUUUACUAUUGCUUAUUUAAAAACAAAAUUAAAGCACAAGCUAUAUGUAUAAACUUUCCACUGAAAAUAUUUUUAAUUUUUAAAAUGUCUACCCUGGUUGUGAUGUAAUUUAAUUAGAUCUAAUUAUAGAACAAGAUGGCUGAUGGUAGAAUCUUUUGGUUUCGAAUAUCUCAAAAAACUAAAAAACUAAGAUAGUUUCGGAGAAUUUGUAAUAAUUUUUGUUGCCAUUUUCCUGCAAUGAAAAUUGCGAUUCUGCCUGAAACCCUGUUAUCAGUCCAAUAUACGAUGAUUUAUAUCAUUUACUGAAAAUUGAUGAAAUUCAUGGUACUUCCAACAACAUUAAAACAAUUGUUAUUUUCUAAAUUGAGAAAAGGAAAAUUAAUAAUUUAAAAACAACUUUUGUUGUAAAAUGUUUUUCGAAACGUAUCUGUGAAAGUACGAAAUGGAGUCACAUGACACAUGUACGCUAUAUUUAUGGCUUCGUUAUCAAUCAAAUACAUACACAUUUUAGUAAAAAACUUGACAAGUGGAAACAAAUCGUAGUAGAAUGUCUAUGACGUAGGCUAUGCAGUACGCGAAUUCAUCCGGUUCCAGUUGCUAGUACUCAUCCGAGCUAUGCUCGAUUUUUCCGGUUUCAAGCAUCCCGUGUCAACUCGAAAAGUCAAAUCAGACGGCUGCGAAUUCAUUUGGCUUUGUGUGAACUGAUUAUAAUUAUAGACAGAUUAUAAUUAUCCAUAAUACAUGAAGAAUUUUAAUGCUUCUACGUUUGUAUGUAAUGUAUUUUGUAUGUAAUGUCAAGCGUUAUUGUUUUGUUAGAAAAAUACUCUAUCCUCCACACAUAUUUCACAUUCCAAAGACGGCUGGGAUAUUUCGUGAUGCAAGUUUACACACCAUGCGUAUUUUUAGUGAUGUUGGCAGGAUUUUUGUUCUGGGUGGAUCCCAGAGCCACACCUGCCAGAGUCGCCCUAAGUUUAACUACACUUCUGACCACCGGGACAAUAUGGUCGUCAGUUAAUUCAAGAAUGCCCAAAGUUAGUUAUGUAAAAGCUAUUGAUAUUUACUUCCUGGUUUCCUUUGGUUUCGUGUUUUCUACCCUGUUGCAGUAUAUACUACUUCUGACAUUGAAGCAUCAGACACACUUGAGGAAAUUACGGAAGGUUUCGCCUGAAUAUCCCCUUUCCGGAAAGGUGAGUGCAACAAUUAUUAACUAAUUCUCACAUUAGCAGAAAAUUUCAAUACAUCUCAUCGGCAAAGGAUUCUUGCCGCUGAAUUAUGCAUAUUUCAAUUCGCCCUGUUACCAUCACGUCGGGAAAUGUACACCGAGAUCAGAAGAGGACGAGAGUUGGCAGUCACGUGAUCCUGGUUGGCUGUUCUUCAUGGUUUUCCAAAACUCUCGUAUUCAGUUAAAACCUAGUUGGAACACUCGUCAAACCUUUAUUUUGUUAAUCUAUAGCCUCUGUAUCUCAUCCUCGUUUGAUCAGAAAAUAUUUGAUAAAAUUAAUUAGAAAAUUAAUUGUUUAUUAUUUAGAAAAUGGGUCAAGGUAACGGUGGUAUGAAUUCAAGCUCCAGUGCGAAAACUGAUCAAGCAUUGCAAGCUAAACAACGUAUGAUGCAACGUUACCGUUCUAUUCUAAUUGAGCAAAGUGAGCAGAAUGAGAGUAAAGAGGAAUCAACUGCAACAGAAGUAACACUGGAUCCAGAAACGCUAUACUAUUACAAGCAGAAGCAAGAAUUUAGGAGCAUUUUAUGGCUUGAUAAAUUUAGUCGAGUUUUCUAUAUGUUCAGCUACGUUCUAUUCCUCGUGUUGUAUUGGAAAAUGUAUAAACUUGAUGAGUAGCAAGGGAGCCGUCUUUCAAAGUGCCAUGUUUAUAUUUAUAGUAGGACAAAAUCAAAGGUUGAGACAUUUACGGCAUAAGAAACAAUUGGGUCGAAAAUUAUCAAGUUUGGG